AUGAGUGUGGAUAAGGAAGAAUCUGAUGGUCUGCAAGAAAAGUUGCGCCGACUUCAUGACUUUUCACCGUGCGAUGUGUCAGAUGCUUUACUCAAGCUGCAGAAAGUCAAACCUGGCGAGGUAGCCAGGGCGGGCUACCUAGCAGAUCUUGCGCCCUUUGCUUUACCACCUUCCCUGAAGAAAGGCAACGGGAAAAUCAUAGGCCCUGCAUGCACUGUGAAGAUGGUAUCCAAGCAUUCAAAGCCAGAAAGUGAACCACCAGUGGAGAACUUGAUUCCCAAGGGGAGUCAUUGGGUGGACCUGACAGAGCCAGGCAGUAUUGUAGUUAUUGAGCAGCCAGAGGGACAAAGCUGUGCUGCAGUUGGUGGGAUAAUGGCACAAAGGAUGAAGGUCAGAGGAGCAGCUGGCUGCGUGGUCGGUGGAAGGGUAAGGGAUCUUGCAGAACUGCGGAGUUCCGAACUACCGAUAUUCGCCAAAGGUCGGUCAACAGUUGGCACGGGUGCAGAAUCGGUGCCUUAUGCACGCAAUAUACCAGUAUCAAUCACUGGUGUGGAAGUAUCUGCGGGUGAUAUUGUUUUUCUGGAUGCUGAAGAGGGCGUUGUAGUGAUCCCAAGAAAUCUGCUUGAUGAGACUCUCUCACUGAUGCCCAAGCUGGUAUCAGCCGAUGAGAAGGUCAAAGACGCAUUGAUAGAUGGUAUGGCGGUGGCCGACGCUUUCAAGAAAUUCCGUGGAUGA